AUGUGGCAGUAUAUCGUCUUGGUAAAUCUUGUCGCAAUCGCAAAUGUGGUUUUCUCUCAAGCCCCUAUAACCUGGCCCGACCCUCGUCAUUUUACCAUUUCCCUCGAUAGAGCUUCUGGUCGGAAGGUCAUAGCCACUUGGAAAGUUGAGGAGUAUUGUUCAGAGAAUAAGCUGGAGAAAUUUGAGGCUUUUGCAACUGGGCCUAAUGGAUCUGAAAUUAAACAUGAGAGGAACUAUCGAUAUGAUGAUCUGCCAUAUAGAGUGAUCGUAUUGGAUAAGGCAUCUACAAAGUAUACAAUUACUGGAACUGUAAAAACUCGGUUUGUUCAAGGAAAUAUCUCUGCUACUUUGACGGUUGUAUCUGGAGUUAUCAUUUACAGUAAACCAAUAAUCUACCGUUAA